UAUAAGAAGAGAUCAGAGAUCUCUCUCUCUCUCCCCAGAAUGCUCUCUCUCUCUGCAUGCACAGAGGAAAGGUCGUGUGAGGAUACAGCGGGAAGCUGACUGCAAGCCAGCAAGAGAGCCCUCGCCAAAAGCCAGCCCUGACAGCACCUUGAUCUCGGCUUCUAGUCUCCAGAACAGUGAGAAAAUAAAUUUCUGUUGUUGAAGCCACCCAGUCUGUGGAAUUCUGUGACGGCUGCCCGAGGUGACUAAUACGCUCAUUUUCCUCAUCUGAAAAGCAGGGAUAAAAUUAGGACUUGCAUCAUGAGGCUAUUGUGAGAAUCCAGUGAGGAAAUGCGUGUGUAAUGCCUGCCUGUUUAGUUUUCCUACAGCAUCUUCAGCACCUGGAACAGUGCCUGGUGGAUAGUGGAUGUUCAAUUAAUACCUACUGAAUGAAGAACUACAUCCAUCACAAAGCGAGCUGUCAAACCGCAUGCAAGUGCAUCUAUCUGAGCUUUUCACCAGCCUCCACCUCCUUGAUCAUCGAUCACCACUCACCAGCAAAUGACAGCAGGCACAAAGGGUUUAAGAAAAGUGUCUGCAGGGAUAGUCUCCUGGUUUUAAUGGGAUGUGCCAGGAAUGCCAUGUCUUCUGUGAACGGGGAAGGGGCUUGGUCUGGCUGAUCCCCAGUAGAGUCUGAGUCUUUGGGAGGAGAGGGUAUUAAUCAGGAAGCUUUGGAGCCCUGGUCCAGCUUUGCGGGCCUGGGCAGGGAAGAGAGAGCUCUUCUUCCCAUGGGGUGGGGGGUGUGCGUCGUGGGGCAGAUGCAGCUGUGGGAGGCGAUGUGGGGGAGGCUGGGGGGAGCUGUGGCUGGGUCCUGGGAGUGGUGCAGGCAAAGCUGGUCUGGGGUUGGAGGCCACAGCAGGCCCACCUUCCUGGUGUGCUUGUGAAAUGCAAAUGAUGAGAACAAUAGGGCCCUGUCCCCAGGCCAUUUGUGGCAGAACCUGGACUCCCAAGGAGGCACAGCUUUCUCACCUUGGCCAUGGAAAAGCUCAGCAGAAGCAAGCCCAGGUUGGGGCCACCCCUUCCACCCCCGAGGUGUGCAGCCUCCUGUCCAGACUCCCCACCUUGGAGAAGAGACGCCCCCCGCCCAGCUCCUCUGCCUGCCCCAGGGACCUGGAGACGCCAGCAUCCCUUCCUGGAAGCCCAGGAGGAGAAGGACGAGGAGGAGGAUAAAUAUGAGCUGCCCCCCUGUGAGGCUCUGCCCCUGCGCCUAGCUCCCGCACACCUUCCUGGCACUGAGGAGGACUCUUUGUACUUGGAUCACUCUGGCCCCCUGGGUCCACCCACGUCAUCACCACCACCACCACCGCAGCCCCAGCCUGAGAUGGUGAACAGCCUCCCCACCCACCCCACCCCAGGCUCCCACUUCCCACUGAAGGCAGCACCGUGCCUGCAGGAGGCGGGGAAGCAGGGCCGGCCCUUUGGGAGGCGAGGGCUGGACGCACGGACCCACGCGGUUUCCGGCCCUCCACAGAAGCCCGAUGAGGGCAUCUACCUGGAGUGUGAGCCCAGUCCAGUCCUGGCUUUGACUCAGACUCUGAACUCCCAAGCCCUGAGGCCCCCAGUCCCUCUACCAAGGACAUCAGUGGGGCCCAGGCCCACCAUAGCCCACCAGGAAGCUCAGAAUGGAGCGUGGAAUGCCACCUCUGAAGGGUCUGCACCAAAGCAGGAAGCUCCCAGCCUGUACCUUAAGGUCAUUCCUCAUUCGGAGGCCACACACGGCCUAGCUGGAAGGAGAGCCUCUCUUUCCUCUGGAGCGGUCACCCAGAACACCUCAGCUGCUGAGCGUUCUCCGUCCUCCCCCCUCCUGUGCCCUGGCACAUCUGGGAGUGGCUGUGUGUGUUUGUACAGACAGGCAGUCUGCUGGGCCAGCCCUGGUACUCAGAGAACUGUGACCGCCAUGCAGUUGAGAGCGCCCUGCUCCGACUCCAAAAGGACGGGGCCUACACCGUGCGCCCCAGCUCAGGCCCUCAUGGCUCCCAGCCCUUCACCCUGGCUGUGCUUCUCCACGGCCGGGUCUUCAACAUUCCCAUCCGGCGGCCGGAUGGCGGGCGCCACUAUGCCUUGGGCCGGGAAGGCAGGAACCGAGAGGAGCUCUUCUCCUCUGUGGCUGCCAUGGUCCAGCACUACGCGGAGCACCCCCUGCCGCUCGUGGACAGACACAGCGGCAGCCGGCAGCUCACCUGUCUGCUCUUCCCCACUAAGCCGUGAUGCCACAGUGGAUGUGCACACCCACCUCUGGCCCGACUUUGCUCCUUGGGCUGUCUCCCUCUCUCCUCUCCCAGGUCUCCACCCCUCCAGCCCAACCCCCAUCCUGUGCCCCAGUCCCUGCAGGGCCCCCUGAGAGGCACUGGGAAAGGUUGCCCAGAGGCAGAAAGGGUCCCCAAGACCACACACCCCAUGCUCACGCAGACCCUGGCACUGCCACCUCUUGCUGCAUCUCCAAGACUGGGAGGGAGGGGACAGGCAGGACCCCCAGUCCUGGCCCCCAGACAUGGCCUCCCCAGCUGCUCAGAAUGAUGGCUUCUGUGGGAAGCUGAGCCUCAGGGGGUUAGCACAGGCACUGCUUGGACGCAGAGAGAAUCUUCUCACAUUCCGCCUGGGGCUUAACACAGGGCUGGCAUCCCAGAGGGACUUGGUCACCCCGCACAUCGCUUGCUUUCAAUAAAUAUUUGUUGAGUGCAUCC